AUGGAGCCGAGGUGCGUCCCCCAGGGUGGGGAACUCGCUGCAGGAGUCAAAGACAGAAGAGAAAAUCAAAUCUGGUAUUUGAAAAUAUCAAAACUGGCACUGGCUUUUGCCAUUAUCCACUCCAAACCACCAGGAAAGAGCUGCAAAGAAUACACUGAGCACCUUGCCAAACUUGUAUCUGAACAAGACUUCAACUGGAAAUGGAAAGUUAAAGCACUAGAAGCUGAAAUUUUUCGAUUACGUCAGGAGCUUCUUUUGAACAAGAUCUGUCAGAGAGUCUGCUUGGAAAAUGGAAAGCCAGGUGCCUCUGCUGAAACUCUUCUGGAUGAGGAACGUAUAAAUCCAGUGAAUUACUCAAGCCAGUUACAGGACUCUGGAUGUGAUGUGUCUAAUGACUAUGCAUUCGAGUCUUUAGGGACAGCUUCUGAUUUCCAAGACCUUGAGCAUACUGCCGACACAUCUAAACACUGGUUGGAAAUAGUUCCCUCACUGAAUUUUUGCUGUUCUAGCAAGGAGGAACCUUUGACUGUCCCAGUGCAGUUUUUUCAACAUCUGCUUGAAAUAAGAAAACUGUCAGAAGGAGGAAUGCUGCAAGCAGACUUCACAGAGCUUGAGAACGAUUCUUUCACUAUAUGCAAUUCAUUGUCUCAGCUGCUUGAUGGGCUAACUGUUUUUUACAACAGUCCUAAAUUUCCAGUUUCAAGUUUUCUUACUGAGGCAGUUUGUGUUUUGAUCAGAUUAAUAGCUGACACUAAAUUAUCUAAUCAUGUUCUGAAGAAGUGUUUCAGGAAGCUUGAAGAAUUUAUGAAAAAUUUAAUUCAGAUUAUUUUAAGAAACAGCAAUGUCAAUAGGUUUCAGGCACUGGAUGCUGUGUCACACACUCUUGUUUUGCUAGGAAGGAACAACAUACUUCGAAAUUCUUUAAUGUCUUUUCUACUGUCAGAACUACAGAAGUUUGCUGAGCAGAUGUUGCAAGCUUACCAGAUCCAGGCGAUGUAUGACAUUACCCAGUAUGAGAAUAUUUUUACUUUGUUUAUGAUUCUGGAACAACUUCUUCACAAUGGGACAGAAGAAAGUAACACUUCAGACUCAGGCUAUGAUGGAGAAGAGAAAAUCAAAUUUCUGAAGAACCUUGAUCAAGUUAUUCUUCACCUUUCAGAUGAAUUCCCUUUGUUUUCUUUAUAUUUAUGGAGAGUGAGUGUUCUUUUGAACUCAGCUCAAAUACAAAUUGAUUAA